AUGACAGCUUUUGCUCCUCAGCCGCCCACCGCUAAUGCUUCGGCAGAAGAACGGCCCGCCAGCUUGCACGACGCGCUAGAAGCAUUGGAGAGAGCUUCCAACACUCCCGCAAAGCAGCGAUCAGUCAAGACCUCUAGCGUUGUCGAUGUCGUUUGCCGUCAAGCCUUUGACGUGGGACUAGACCAAGACUCCCUCAGGACCGUGGUACAGAUCGUGUCAGUCAAGACCGAGCUGGAUCAGACAAGUGUUACCACACUCAUCAAAAAUCUCUAUCCUGCUCAGCGCGUACCAUCGGACGUCGUGAUCACCAUUGUGGGUGCUCUCGGACAAGGCAAAGGCAAGCCCACCCCUGGCUCUCAGAAUGGCUUCGUCAAGUGGCUCAUCACCGUCCACGAGAUCAUUGAGGAUCCUAGCACUCUGUCGCGUCUGUACGGUGUGUUGUUCGGGCUACUCGAUUCGAUCAGCAUCAGAACAUCCUUGUGUCAUCUGCUCUCUUUGAUAACGCUCCGAAAGCACGUGAAACCUUUCAGAAUCGAGCAACUACUGGAGCUCGCCCGUGGUCUUGGUAACGAGCCUGUUCUUCAAGGCCUUCUCCGCGUUUACAAGGAUUACUACCCCGACAUCAUCCUCGGGAGUACGUCCGCCGGCCGAAACUCAUUUCCCCCAGCACCCGAUGCCGAAUGGCGAACAAGGAUCCUGGCGAUACAAGAGCGGGCUAUUACAGAAGAAGACUCCGCUUUUGAGCAACGGAAUGGCUUCAAGGUUGCGAGGAGAGGGCGAGCCAGAGUCAAGACUUCAGCUAUACCAGACGUCCAUACUUUCCAUGCGAACGAGGCAAUAACACUUGAGGGGAUCGACAACGUGGAGGACUUUGUUGAGAAGCUGGAGAGGAUCGAGGCCCCAGGGCAGAUGGUCUCUUUCCUUACCGAUCCACUUCUGCAGAAAUACGUGGAGCUGAGUGACUCACCGAUCAUUGUGCAACGAAUCCAACUAUGGCUGUCGAUGUGCCUCGAAGAUCAAUACAACGCAAUCAAAGAGGGUGUGGUUGAUAUGCGGUACUUGUCCGACAUACUCAAUGGCUUGCUUAAGCAUGCACAGUAUACGAAGAAACUAUUACCGAUUGUUCAGACAUUUCUGAAAGAGUACCUGCUUAUUUGGGACGGCCUGCAGAAUGUUGACACGAUUCUUAACCUACUAUCCUAUUCUCCAAUACAGUCUUUCGCAGGCAAGUUGCGUCUAUCUCCGCUCGAUUUCCCGCUCGAGCGUUCUCUCCUUGCUCACGAUGUACAAGCAUGCGAACGUCUUUUCGGAUUCUACACCUCGCUUUUUCGACAAUGGUCGAAUCAGGCAUCUCCGCAACCCUCUCGUUCCACUUCGUCCCUCGCACACUCUGAUCAGCGCGCUCUAUACGAUCUUGCGGCACAUGUUGCAACUCUCUCUCUAUCGCUCCUUCUCUCACUGCCAUCGAACUCCUCCAUAAGCAUCAUUACAUCUGCCAUCCUGACUUUCUACGAACAGCUUUCAACCUCGUCGAAACCCCACCACAUUCCCAUCAUCCUACCUCCGAAUUCGCUUAUAUACCUCCUCACCCUGUCAUCCAGCACAACAGAAUUUGCCCGCAUAACCGGCAUCAUCGCAAACUAUAGACACGCAUUCAGCGCCCACCCCGCUCCAGUACUGAAAUACUAUCCAGAGGAGACGACCAAUUCCUUCAACACCGCCCUGCGCGAUGUCUACAACCUGCUCUGGAUGUCGCGCGCCCUCGACGUCGCCCCUCCGAAGUCGAUGGGUCUAUACUGCGACCCCGAGCUGCGCGACACUCUGCACGCUUACCUCACCGAGCUCGACCAUGAGUACAGCAUCCAGGCCGCGUUCAACAUAUCCAACAAUCCGGUGCUCGCGUCAAUGUCUCUGGCCGCCUGGCUUGCGCUUGAGAAUGAAGAGAUCGAGAAAGAAGGCUAUGACCCUGACGCGAUAACGCGACAUGAGGGCCCCGUGAGCCAGCGCAAGCUGGAGAUGUUACGAGCGAGCGGGGGCGUGGAUGUCGAGUGGGACGCGUACAGAGUGCGCGUGCUGAAGUGGAUGGAGGAGAGGGGAUUGAAGGGUCCAAAGGAUUUUAUGUUUAGUGCUUCGAAUCAGUUGAGGGUGAAGUUUCCCGAGCAGGCAUGA